GCCCUGAGCUGGUGAUUAAAAGCAGUGCGGGCAGCAGCUGCCCGCCCUGGUGCUGCCUGCCUGCCUGCUAUUCUUCAGGGCUGGCACCAGCUCCCCCAGCCUCCCCAGUUUACCCUGGCCCCAUUGCUGGGGUGGGCUGGCAGGGAGACGGUCCCCAUGCCCUGCCCGGGCACGCUGGCUCCACUCCCACGUGACCCCCAGCUCACCUGGCCCUGGGACCACCAGUGUGGCAGGGAGCCAGGCCUACCUCAGGCAGUGGGGCUGGGAGUGGUCCCAGGAGUGCCGCCCAGUCCCACCAGUGUCUCGUCCACCCAGGGGACUCGCUGUGGGGCGGCUGGGGCUGACGGCACGCUGUGUCCGCCAGCAUGGCUGUCACUCUCACCGCUGAGCAGCCUGGGGAAACUGAGGCAUACUACGGCUGGAAGGGCACCAGGGCGAGUAGGGCAGGGUGGUGCGAGCUGCAGGGUCCCCUCAUUGCACUGUGAGGGGGGCAGGCGGCCCAGCCAUCCCUCUCCUCCUCCCCCCCCACCCCCCCGAGGCAGCCGGCGGCAGCCAGGGCCAAAGGCACGGUAGCGGGAAGGUCAGGGAGAGCGGCUGGGCCCCGCGCCGGGGGAUUAGUGCUGUCCUUGCUGCGUCAUGCAGCCCCCGGGCCCAUCCCUUGUCUAAUCCCCUCGCCCCAGGCAGCUGGCCGGCACCGGGCAGGGCACCCGGCCCCCUCUGGCUCUGCCUGGGCUGGGGUGGACGGAGCUGCCCCUUUGACUCCAUCAUGCCUCUUGGGGGGGCUCAGCCCCUCAGCAGGGCACCUGGCCUGGCUCGGCCCUGCUACAAAAUAGGGAAGAGGGGGUCACAGUGCCCCCACUACAGGCAGGGGUAGGAGCUGGCAGGGAAACUGAGGCACUGGGGUCAGCAGCUUGCAGUGCCACAGCAGAGCCAUGCCAUGGCUGUGGUGGUGCAGGCAGGGGCUCUGGGCACCGCGGUGCAGCAGGCAAAGGUGCCCGCUGGCAGCACUGAGGCAGGAGGUGUCUGAAACCCCCAAGUUUGCUCCGUCCCGUGGGAUUUUGGGGUGGGCAGCACAUGCCUGUGGGACAGCACGGCCCCGGUGGCUGAUUCUAGCCCACCACCUGCCCUGCCACCUCAUGCCCACCACUCUCCUUUCCCCGCAGGGUGCCGGCCCCGCAGGCAGCCGGCGACGCAGGAUGGUGCUGGCACUGGCACUGUGGGCCUGCCUGGUGCUGGGCAUGGCCGGCGGGGACAGCCCGGCACCGGAGCCCCUGGUGGGCGGCCAGCCCUUCGCUGUGGUGUGGAACAUCCCCACUGGCCGCUGCCAGCGCCGCUUCGGUGUAGGGCUGCCCCUCGGCGACUAUGGCAUCGUGGAGAACCGGGAUGGCCGCUUCGCCGGCCAGAACAUCACCAUCUUCUACAAGAACAAGUUUGGGCUGUACCCCUACCUGUCGCGGCAGGGCAUCCCCCAUAACGGGGGCAUCCCCCAGCGGGUUCCCCUCAGCGCCCACCUUGCCAGGGCAGCUGGGGACAUCCGCCGCCUUCUGCGCCCCGCUUUCCACGGCCUGGCGGUGGUGGACUGGGAGGAGUGGAGGCCCCUCUGGGCCCAAAACUGGGGGGCCAAGCGGAUCUACCGGGCGGCCUCGGAGCAGUGGGUGCGGGACCAGCAUGGCCUCCUGCCAGCGCGGCGUCGGCUCCGGCUGGCCCGGCGAGAGUUUGAGCAGGCAGCGCAGGCUCUGAUGGAGGAGACGCUUCUGCUGGGCCAGACCCUGCGCCCGGGGGGGCUCUGGGGUUUCUACCGCUUCCCCGACUGCUUCAACGGCAACUGGGCCAAGGAGGCCAACUACACCGGGCAGUGCCGGCCGGCAGAGGUGCAGCGCAACAACCGGCUGGGCUGGCUCUGGGCCGCCUCGGCCGCCCUCUACCCCAGCAUCUACCUGCCACCGGCGCUGCCGCCUGCCCUGCGCCACCGCUACGUGCACCACCGGCUGCGCGAGGCCCUGCGCGUGGCCGCGUUUGGGGCUGACGGCCUUCUGCCCGUGGUUGCCUACUCCCGCCUCUCCUUCCGCCGCUCGCCCCGAUUCCUGGAGCCGGCUGACCUGGUGCACACCAUCGGGGAGAGCGCAGCGCUGGGUGCGGCCGGUCUCGUGCUCUGGGGAGACAUGUCAUACUCCCACUCGGCUGAGAGCUGUGCCAGCCUGCGCCACUACCUCGUGUCCACCCUGGGUCCCUAUGUGGCUAACGUGACGGCGGCAGCCCGGGAGUGCAGCUAUGGGCAGUGCCACGGGCAUGGGCGCUGUGUGCGCCGGCAGCCCCACGACCUGGGCAGCCUCCUGCACCUCGGCCCUGGCGCCAGCCCACUGACUUCUUUCCGCUGCCACUGCUACCACGGCUGGGCCGGCGAGGACUGUGCCCGACAGGUCCAGCCCAGCCCUGCCACCUCCUGCCUGGCACCCACCCACGCUCAUGAUCUCUACGGGCACAACCUCCUGCCCUCUGACACCUGCCUACCACGGGGCACGUGGGGCUGGUGACCAGGGCUGGGGACCACUGUGGUCCCCUAACCCGGCAGCACUGCUACCCAGCACUUCCUAUGGUCUCGUUAACUUAAAUAAAUCCUCCUGGCACAGCU